AUGUCUUGUAAUUGUUCGAUGAUCCUGAAACAUCUACGAGCUACAGACUCCAGUCGCUCCAGCUCUCCAGUAAAAAAAAAUGCAAAGGGAAAGCGAGUAGAUUCUAGUAAAAGACUAACGAUAAUAAAUGCGUACAAAUCAAAAUUGGAGGCAGAUCCAGAAAAGUCUAUAAGUACAGUCCGGCAAGAGAUAUCUAAAGAACUAGGUAUUGGAACAACUACAAUUUCCAAAACAAUCAUGGUAUACAACCGUUCGAAAAUUGUGAUAUCUCCAAGUAGAACGCGAGUUAAGGCAUCCGCCCUCAUGAUAUUUGAAGAGUUCGAAAGAAAUGUGGUUCGUAGGCACGUCCAUAGUUUUUGGUUUAAACGUCAAAUUCCGACUAUCGACAAAAUAUAUAAAACGGUUUCUAGCGAUGCGUCUUUACCACCCAUCUCAAAGCCCAACCUUUUUCGUCUUUUAAAAGAUAUGGGUUUCAAGAACAAUAAACGAGGCAGGAACAGUGCACUGACGGAAAAUAUUGAAAUAGUUUUGUGGCGUAGACGGUUUCUUGGAGAUUUACGAAAAUACCAAAAAGAGGGUCGACGUUUAUAUUACUUGGGUGACACCUGUUUAGACAACCCAACAACCAAAGCUGUAAGUUCAUCGGGAAAACAUAAAUGUGUUAUAGUUCUCAACAUAGGUUCCGAAGACGGAUUUGUUCCCGGCGCAUUAUUAUGUUUAAAAUCGAAAAAGAAAACUAAGAAUUAUCACAAUGAAAUUGAUAGCAAAAUAUUUAACAACUGGAUGGAGAGUGUAUUGCCUAGAUUAAAAGAGAAAUGUGUUAUAAUCAUGGACAAUGCCUCAUAUAAUUCUGUAAAGAUUGACGAAGCACCUACAUCGAAAACCGAGAAAGCUGAUAUUAUUAAUUGGUUGAAGGAUAAGAAUGAAACUAUAGACGAACCUAUGGUUAUCCCACAACUUCUUGAAAUAGUAAAAAGGGUAAAGCCGCAUCAUGAUAAAUAUGUAAUUGAUGAACUAGCAAAACAAUAUGAUUGUAUUAUACUAAGACUACCGCCAUACCAUUGCGAUCUUAAUCCAAUUGAAUUGGCUUGGCCAUUGGUUAAAAAUUAUGUAAGUAUGAACAAAACAACUAGUAAAUUAACCGAUGUCGAACAAUUAUUAAUUGAGGGCGUCGAACGUGUAACGCCAAACAUUUGGAAAAAUUUUAUCAGUCAGACAAAGGUAGAAGAAGACAAACUUUGGAAAAUUGACUUCAUUGUAGAUGACGCUUUAUCCGCAAAAGUAAAAACUAAAAAAACGACGACAAUCAGAGAUACAUCAUCAGGCGACUCCAGCACUACAUCUGACUAA